CUCCCAAGUUUCGAGGCUUGCAGAGAUGGGACGGGGCGGGGCGGUGGCGGCGGUGGUGGCGCUUUUGGUGGUUGCGGGGUGUGUGGUGUGCCAUGGGGCAACGGCGCGGCAGGGGCGUAUAUACGUGGGUCAUGAUGGCGCGCUCAACUUGGGGGAUCCAGAGCUGGAUACGGCGCUGAAUCAGGUUCAGGUGAACGACGUGGACGUGCUGGGUACGCUGAACGAGCUCAAGACGCUCGCCAAUACGGCUAGCAGCUUGUUGACCGAGGUCCAGACUGCAACUGCCGCAGGGCAAGCGCGUCUUAUUGAUGCUGCCUUGUUUCGCGUCACUGCCGAUGUGGGUCCUCUUCCCAAUGCGACGGAAACGCUGGGGUUUGCCCGACGUCUGGCCCUCGACAAACGCGAGCUGGUCAUCGGUACACGCAACGACUCUGUUGACAUUUUUCUUCGACCUGCUAAUGAUGAGUGGUCGGCUAUGACCCAUCUGCAGACUUUAAUAGCCACGCCAAAUCUCGGCAAUUAUGCCCGCAGCCUGGCUUUGAGUAAUGGCGUGCUGGCCGUGGCGGCAGUCGACGCAGGCGGUGCUGGGCGCGGCGUUGUCCUCGUGUAUCGCCGCGAUGAGCUCGGAAGCUUCUUUGCGCUACGUACCACCCUGGGCCACGGUGCAUCAUCCACUUUCGGCACGGGCAUUGCGUUUCUCGGCGCAGCCCUCUACGUGGGUGAUCCCACUUGGAAUUCCAUCGGUGCCAUCUACACCUACACAGAUCCUCUGGGAGCAUCGCCUCAGCCGAACGUGACCGGCAAUCCUUCUCCCAAUAAUUGCGAGUUUUUCGGCCGCCGCAUCGCCGUGGCCAAGGAUCGCAUCGCUUCGCUCUGCAUAGAUCGCAUACUCCUUUUCAAUCCCACCACGUUUGUUCCCUUGCCAGGCCAGGAGAUGAUGGGCACGAGGGUCCGUGAGAUGGCCUGGCUUGGCACGACCUUGGCCGCCAUUCGCCAAAAUGAAGACGGCGAGGAUCAGCGCAUCACCUUGUACGCUCCGACUGUUGUGGGGGGACCCUAUCUCAUUAUCAACCAGAUACCACUCCCCUUCAACACGACCACUAGCUCGAUGACUCGCGGCCUAGCAGCGUCCGGCACGACCCUGGCCGUCGGGUUUCUCAAAGACGCAAUGACACCCGGUCACGUUUAUCUGCUCCAAUAGCCUUUUGCAACUGCCCCUCCUUACUAUUCCAGUCUCUUGACCUGACGUUUGCAGCCAAAUUGACAUUCAGAUUAUU